UUGUAGUCUAUAAAUACCAGCAACUCACUCAAUACUCCUCACUCUUUGUGUUUCUUGAGCUUCCUAGGUUCUAUGUUCAUUUUCUAAAUCUCAUUUAGCAAAUUUCAUACUCUUUUCAUGGAUCCUUCUUUGUGGGCAUUUCUUCAAGGCAGUCCUGAACAAUCCGUUCCCUAUCCGUGGGAACGCUGCUUUGACGUUGAGACGCAAAUUCUAAUGUACAAAAACAGGCUGACGGGAGCUGUUAUUCUGGAUUUAAGGCCAAGAGUGAACCUGGGAGGAGGUUUGUACAACAUCAGCGACAUGUGGUUUCUACUGACCGAUCGCUACGACUUAUACCCGCCGGCCGCUGUGACUGCCGGCGUGCAAUGGCCUCUUAAUCUGUUUUGCAGGAACAUUAGUGUGCAUGAUCAAGACACGCCUAUUAUGAUAUGUUCCACCUGCUGCACUCGCCAAGUCAUUUAUCUCCUGGUACCCCACGUCGUCACACACUGCCCUCUGUGUGGCCGCCUCAUGGGUUUCUUUGCUUAAUAUUACUUAAGGUUUAAUUAGGUCAAGU